GGACGGGCCGCCCACAGCCCCGCGGUGCCGCUGCUCGGGGCUGCUCUGCCUUCCCGCAGGCUGUGGACGGGACCAUGAUGCGUUCGCUGCCGCUGCUCGUCCUCCCGCUGCUGCUGCUGCUGCCGGGGGCUGCGGCCGGGAGAGCCGGGGACGAGCCGCCCGGGGACGGCGGCGCACGGCGAGCACGGGGCACGGAUGGAGCGAGGGACGUGCCCGGCAUCUCCCGGGCCGGUGCCGGGCUGAGGCUGCUGAGGGAGCGGCCGCGCCGGGGCACUGACGAGGACUCCAAGUCGGUGCAGCAAUACGUGCCCGGCGUGCGAGUGGAGUUCCCGCGACCCUUCAACUCGGCCAACCUGCACCCAACCAGGGCGCUGCUGCCAUCCAGCACCGACCCAGCCGAGCAGCGGCAGGGGGGUCCCACGGAUGGGGAAGGAGCAGAGCCCCGGGUCAACCUCACCACGGCGUCCAACAAGCGUCUGCAGAUGCAGAACCCGCUGUACCCGCUGAGCGAGCGCUCGUACAGCGCCUACGCCGUCAUGGUGCUGGCACUCGGCGUCUUCGCCGUGGGCAUCGUCGGGAACCUCUCGGUCAUGUGCAUCGUGUGGCACAACUACUACAUGAAGAGUGCCUGGAACUCCAUCCUGGCCAGCUUGGCUUUCUGGGAUUUCCUCAUCCUCUUCUUCUGUCUGCCCGUGGUCGUCUUCAAUGAGAUCACCAAGAAGAGGCUGCUGGGGGACGUGUCCUGUCGCAUCGUGCCCUUCAUGGAGGUGUCAUCGCUGGGAGUCACCACCUUCAGCCUCUGCGCGCUGGGCAUCGACAGGUUCCACGCAGCCACCAGCCCCCAGCCCAGCGGCCGGCCCAUCGAGCGCUGCCAGUCCAUCAUCGCCAAGCUGGCCGUCAUCUGGGUGGGCUCCACCACUCUGGCAGUGCCCGAGCUGCUGCUGUGGCAACUGGCACAGGACACGUCCCCAGCGUCCGGGCUGGCAACAGAGUUCUGCACCAUGAAACCUUCAGCCAACCUCCCCGAGUCCAUCUACUCCCUGGUGCUCACCUACCAGAACGCUCGCAUGUGGUGGUACUUCGGCUGCUACUUCUGCCUGCCCGUGCUCUUCACCGUGAGCUGCCAGCUGGUGACCCGCAGGAUCCGCGGCCCCGCCAAGCAGCCCGAGUGCCGCGGCACGAAGCACAGCCAGAGCGAGGGACACCUCAACUGCACCAUCAUCGGCCUCACCGUCAUCUACGCCCUGUGCACCACCCCCGAGAACGUCUGCAACGUCGUGGUGGCCUACAUGUCCCCCGAGGUGGCCAAGCACACCUUGGACCUCCUCAACCUCAUCAACCAGUUCUUCUUGUUCUUCAAGUGCUCCGUCACCCCCGUGCUGCUGCUGUGUCUCUGCAGGCCCCUGGGCCAGGCCUUCAUGGACUGCUGCUGCUGCUGCUGCGAGGGCUGCGGCCCAGACGCCGCCUCCAGCGAGGGCAGCGCCGACGGCAAGCUCAAGACCGAGAUGUCUUCCUCCAUCUUCUUCGACAAGCCCCGGGAAUCGCCCCCUCCCCUGCUGGCGCUCGGCACGCCGUGCUAAGAGCCGCCCAGGAGCCGUAGAGAUCGUUCC